AUGCACGGAUACCAAAUAAUAGAAGCAUCAAUCCUUCCAUUAGGUGUUCUCGGCGAGAACGCCUCAGAGGCUCGCAACGAAUACUAUAAGAGUGACAGGAGUUUAAAUAUGAAUCCAUCACAUAACAAAAACAUGGAUCUAUCUUUGACGCCCGAGACAGGAAAUAUUCAAACCCAAUAUACAUCAUUUCAAAAUUUUGAACAAUUUUCGGCAUCAGGAUUUACAAACACGCCUGUAUAUAUAACAAAACCGCCUGGAAUUGGUUCCAUAUCCCAAAUAGUCCCACAUUGUUCACUUCUUGGCUCCCAAAAUAAAAUCGAGACCACUUCUCCAGACAUUUCCAUUCCAGCUAUUGAAAAUCAUUCAUUAGCUCCGACCGUAAGAUAUGCACAAGCAGGACAAUUUGAGGAUACACCAGAUUAUGGUGUGGCUGGUAUACAUUGUGGCGUGGAGUCAGAGUACGCUGAUGAAUCCGUUUUACCUUUCUCUUAUACGUCAGAAGCUAACUACACAGGAAUUAAAAGCACAAUUUCAAACAUAAAACCCUUUUCUGGAAGAUCUUAUAAUGAUAACGUUAAUGGGUCCGAAGCAAUAGCUGAUUCCCAAUUUCCAACGUUCGACAGUUCUGCAGAAUUUAAAUUACCCCAAUUUGCAAUGAGUUCGUUGAAUACUGUGCCUCAAAGAUUGGGAGAAAAAGAUGAAUAUAUUGGAGGGUCAGAAAAUGAUCUUUGUUCAACGAUGAGGUGGAGGGAUCCAAAUCUUUCGGAAGUUAUAAGUUUUUUAAGCAAUCCGAAUAGUGCUAUUAAGGCAAAUGCUGCAGCAUAUCUACAACAUUUAUGCUACAUGGAUGACCCAAACAAGCAACGAACAAGAUCUUUGGGAGGUAUACCACCAUUAGUUCGAUUGCUAUCCUAUGAUUCUCCAGAAAUACAUAAAAAUGCUUGUGGUGCUCUGAGAAAUUUAUCUUACGGCAGACAAAACGAUGAAAACAAACGUGGAAUAAAAAACGCUGGUGGAAUAGACGCCUUGGUUCAUCUUCUUUGUCGCUCUCAGGAAACAGAAGUAAAAGAACUUGUGACUGGAGUUUUAUGGAAUAUGUCGUCCUGUGAAGAUCUGAAACGGUCAAUUAUUGAUGAAGCACUUGCUGCUAUUGUUUGCAGCGUUAUAAAGCCACAUUCCGGUUGGGACGCUGUUAGUUGUGGUGAUACAUGUUUCUCUACAGUAUUUCGAAAUGCUUCUGGUGUUUUACGAAAUGUCAGUUCUGCUGGAGAACAUGCAAGAGGAUGUCUUCGAAAUUGCGAAAAUUUAGUUGAAUGUCUUCUUUAUGUAGUAAGAGCAGCGAUUGAGAAAAAUAAUAUUGGAAAUAAAACGGUUGAAAAUUGCGUAUGCAUACUUCGUAAUCUAUCGUACAGAUGUCAAGAAGUUGAGGAUCCCAAUUACGACAAGCAUCCCUUUAUAACACCUGAAAGAGUUAUCCCAUCUUCAUCUAAAGGGGAAAAUUUAGGAUGCUUUGGGACAAGUAAAAAAAAAAAAGAUGCUACUCAUAAUUCCGAUCAUUUACAGGAAUACAACAUUUCAACAGAAUAUUCAAAAGGUUCUAUGAUUUAUAACCAAUUGAAUAAGGGAUAUGAGCAAUUAUGGCAACCUGAAGUAGUUCAAUACUAUCUGUCAUUAUUACAAAGUUGUUCUAAUCCAGAAACGCUUGAAGCCGCAGCAGGAGCAAUUCAAAAUUUAUCCGCCUGCUAUUGGCAACCUAGUAUUGAUAUUCGUGCAACAGUGCGUAAAGAGAAAGGGCUACCAAUACUUGUAGAACUUCUUAGAAUGGAAGUGGACCGCGUAGUUUGUGCAGUUGCCACAGCACUGCGCAAUUUAGCUAUUGAUCAACGCAACAAAGAACUUAUUGGAAAGUAUGCAAUGCGGGAUUUAGUUCAGAAACUUCCAUCUGGAAAUAUACAACAUGACCAAAAUACGUCAGAUGACACAAUAACAGCUGUAUUAGCAACAAUUAAUGAAGUUAUUAAAAAAAAUCCGGAAUUUUCUCGUUCUCUUUUAGAUUCAGGUGGGAUUGAUCGUCUUAUGAACAUAACAAGACGAAAAGAAAAAUAUACAUCUUGUGUAUUAAAAUUUGCUAGCCAAGUUUUAUACACUAUGUGGCAACAUAACGAACUACGUGAUGUUUAUAAAAAAAAUGGAUGGAAAGAGCAGGAUUUUAUAAGUAAAAAUUUUACCGCUCAUAGCACUCCGCCAAGUUCACCAAAUAACGCAAACAACACCCUCAAUAGACCUAUGGCUUCACAGGGUCGUACCCGCUAUGAAGACAGAACCAUACAACGCACAACGAGCACCUCUUAUAGAGCUAAGGAUUCAAGUGGUGCCGUUAUGUCGAAUAAUGAGUCUGCAUUGCUUUCAGAAAUGGUUAGAAAGCAAUUAUAAAAUGUGUUCUGGUUUGUUACUUAUUUUAAGAGAAAUAACUGCAUAAAAAGUAUUUAAAUUUUAAAUUAUGGACAAAAUAUUAUUUUAUAUUUCAUUAGCAAAACAGUUUUUACAGCAUUUACCCAACUUAUUGUAAAAUAUCAUAUUACUUAAAUAUAUAGUAUUCAAAUCUAAUAACUUAAUAAAUAAAAUAAGAUAUAUCCAUGUAUUAAAAA